AUGCGCCCCUCCCUCCCCAGCCUCGUCAACAUCCUCGUCCCCGUCAAGAGGUCCAUCGACUAUGCCGUCAAGAUCCGGGUCGCCUCAGACGGCAAGAGCGUCGACACCAAUGUCAAGCACUCUAUGAACCCGUUUGACGAAAUCGCUGUUGAAGAAGCCAUCCGUCUCAAGACCAACUCUGGCGAGCCCGUCUCUUCCAUCACCGCCCUCUCUAUUGGCCCUGCCAAGUCCAUCGACACUAUCCGUACCGCUCUCGCCAUGGGUGCCGACACUGGUAUUCACAUUGUCACCCCCGAGAACACCAUCGUCGAGCCCCUCUCUGUCGCUCAUGCCAUCAAGGCCAUUGUCGAGCGCUCGCAGGGAACGGACAAGAAGUUUGACUUGCUGCUGAUGGGCAAGCAGGCGAUUGACGAUGACUCGGGAGCGACCGGAGGAAUGGUGGCUGGUAUGCUUGGAUGGGGACAGGGUAGUUUUGCGAGCAAGGUUGUGAUUGAGAAGGGAGGUAAGAUCCAGUUGACACGGGAGAUUGAUGGUGGUUUGGAAAAGAUUGAGAGCGAGUUGCCCAUGGUCAUCACUACCGACCUGCGUCUCAACGAGCCCCGUUAUGCUUCUCUACCCAACAUCAUGAAGGCCAAGAAGAAGAAGGUCGAGGCCCUCAAGCCCGAAGACCUCAACCUUGACUUUACCCCUCGACUCAAGACCAUCUCUGUUACCGAGCCUCCCAAGAGGACAGGCGGUGCCAAGGUCGAGAACGUCCAGGAGCUGGUCAGCAAGAUGAAGGAAGCGGGUAUUCUGUGA